AAUAACCUACCGUCUGACAUGAAGGCCUUGUUUAUGCUUGGGAGAUUGCUCCUUUUCAUAUCCAGUAUUAGGAGCGGAAGCAUCAUCGUUGACUUUAACAUAGCCACAAACACGGCUGAUAAUCUGACAGUGAGCAACGUGCAACAGGCAUUCACCAGCGCGCUCACCAACAGCACCACUUAUACCGUGGACCCGACGUCUUACAAGUUUGCAGUGCAAAACGUGUGUGCUACAGCAAACCCAUGUUCUGUAUAUGCCUCCUGUAUUUCCAUCAAUGGAGUAGCCAGCUGCCAGUGCCUGUCUGGGUUCAAUGACACCAGUCCGAGUGCUCCAGGAAGAACCUGCGUAGAUAUAAAUGAGUGUGCCGCCAGUACCAGCCCUUGCUCAUCCCUAGCCAACUGCACCAACACCAUAGGGAGUUAUCAGUGCCAGUGCCUGUCUGGGUUUAAUGACACCAAUCCCAGUGUUCCAGGAACAACCUGCACAGAUAUAAAUGAGUGUGCCGCCAGUACCAGCCCUUGCUCAUCCCUAGCCAACUGCACCAACACCAUAGGGAGUUAUCAGUGCCAGUGCUACCCCGGGAUACAAGAUGGAAACCCUUCUAACCCCGGCCAACAAUGUAUCGACCCAGUCACCUGCUUUAACAGCACCACAUUGUGCUCCAGCGCUAACACCUGCCUCAGCAACACCGGCACCAUAUGUGCAAAUAAAAAAGUCAUUCCUUUCGGGAUCAAGUUCAACAGUUGGACCUUCACUACAGACCUGUACAACCAAUCCAGCGCCGCCUACGCCAACCUAUCAGCCCAGUUCACAGGGGGGGUGGUAAGUGCGGUGAGAGUGACGCUAAGUGACAGCACCUUCAAUAUCAACGUGGUUGGCUUCAGGCCGGGAAGUGUCAUCGCCUACUUUAUCGGCACAACGCAAUCAUCCACCCUUGAUACAAGCACGAUCCAGGCCGCUCUUUUAAAUGCAGUGUCGCUCUUGGUAUCCAGUAACAUCACAAACAUGAUAACUUAUGGAAAUACGACCCCUGCAAGCAGUUCAGACCCAUACUAUGGAUGGAGAACAGCCGUCAUUGUCAUCGGGGUGUUUCUGGGAGUCGCUCUGCUGCUGGGCGCAGUGUUAGCAGCAGUGUGUAAUUAUACGAGGCGCAGGUCAGGCCGCUACAAACCCGGCACAUGGUGAGACAAGUAGCGAUGAGUGAAUUUGCCGCGUUUCGAGUUUCGCGAAAACAUGCAAAAAUUCACAGAAUGGCGUCAGAUUUCACAUUGAACUUUAUGGGCGUCUUUUCCAGAAUUUUUUGUUGCGGAGACUUUUUUUUUGAAGUGAACACUGUUAGUGUUGCAAACUACAAUGGAGUCUAUGAUGUUUUUUUGUUUUUUUUUUGGCUAAACCCAACCCCUACUUUUAGGCUGCCAAUAAUUUUUUAUACCUUAUGUUUAAGUCUUGUUGAUUGUAGUGAUGGCUCUGAGCGAAUCUGACGCCUUUCACUUUGGGUCAAAAUCCACAAACCAGGGUGGAAAUUCACCAAAUUGCAUUGGAGUUAAUGGGAAGGGGAAAAUGCACGUGUUUUUUUGCUCUUAUUACUUGAACACAUGCCCUACAUUGUUGGAGGACCUCCUAUCCACUGUGCUACAACUGCUUUUUGAAUAGAAAAAAAGGCUCCCAUGUUGCCAAUUUCUUAAAAACAUGGCUGUGAUUUUUGUCACUACUUCUAGUGGACUCGAAAUGGUAACUCUUACUAAACUAAGUAACUAUGUUACUGUUUAACCAAAAAGUACCAUCUAUAGUUCAUAUAUCACUAGCUUACAAACACAGGCACACCUAAUAAUAAAUCUAACCAGAUAAUUAGUGAUGAAUAUUUUCGCCAGGCAUGGAUUCAUAGCGAAUUUCCGCAUUUUGCCAUUGGCGAAUUGUUUCACGAAACUUCCGUGAAAAUCCUACGCGGAAAAGUAAGUCGCGGCCAUGUCAAAAUUGGGCACGGUCGCGUCCAAAUUGGACGUGACAAAUUUUGCGUCGUUUCACGAAUUUUAUGGCAAAGCGAAACGGGAUCACUACAUCACUACAGAUAAUAUCUGGGUGUUUUGUAUCCCAAUCAUUAAAACAAAUGAACCAUGUACCUGGUACCAGUUAGAUAAUCCAGUUAGAUGUUUUAUAGUCAC